AUGACUGAGUCUCCUCAGCUCAUCAGACUGUCCCCCAGUCUCCUCAGCUCAUCAGACUGUCCCCCAGUCUCCUCAGCUCAUCAGACUGUCCCCCAGUCUCCUCAGCUCAUCAGACUGUCCCCCAGUCUCCUCAGCUCAUCAGACUGUCCCCCAGUCUCCUCAGCUCAUCAGACUGUCCCCCAGUCUCCUCAGCUCAUCAGACUGUCCCCCAGUCUCCUCAGCUCAUCAGACUGUCCCCCAUUCUCCUCAGCUCAUCAGACUGUCCCCAGUCACUCAUCAGACAUCCCUGUCCCCCAGUCUCCUCAGCUCAUCAGACAGACUCCCUGUCCCCCAGUCUCCUCAGCUCAUCAUCAGACAUGUCCCUGUCCCCCAAGUCUCCUCAGCUCAUCAGACAUUUCCCUGUCCCCCAGUCUCCUCAGCUCAUCAGACAUGUCCCUGUCCCCCAGUCUCCUCAGCUCAUCAGACAUGUCCCUUAACGUGGGGAUCCGUGUGCUGUGA